AUGAAGUACUUAGCUAUAAUGAUGUUCUUCUUAAUAUUUUUAAACACUGCGAGCAGCGAUACUCUUGUUUUCCGUCUCCAGCAAGCCAUUAAUAAAGAAAAAGAGAAAAGACUUCAGCGCUUCUUGGAAGACGUUAUCAGGGAUGAAAUGAUUCGCCGAGAUCUUCUGAAACGAGAAAUUGAUGCUCGAAGUGCAAAACAAAAGAAGCGACAUUUAGUAAUAUGA